AUGCUCGCAGAAGUCCGCGUCUCCGACCUGCUGUCCAAACACAACCUGCGUCGGCGGUCUGCCGUCAUAUUCGGCUGCUGGUUCCUGGUGUUUGGAGCCUUCGCGCACUUCACCACGACCGACGUCUUGCGCAACAGCGAACGGGCCCGCAUCGCACUCGUCUUGUUCCGACUGCCUUGCGUCGUGGCGGACGUCUGCGCCAUCACGCGCGCCGGUCGACGCCUGUCCCUCGGCUUUAGCAUGCUGGCACUCUCCGUCGUGGCCACCGCCUUGUCCGUGGCGGAGCUGUUCGGCGCCUCGGCGAAGCUCUCCGCCGCUCUCGUCAUCUCGGGGCUUCUCACCUUCGACUUGUCCGCCGUCACUGUGUUCGCCUUCUCCGCCGAGCUAUAUCCGACCGUGCUGCGCGGCACAGCGUUGGGUUGCUGCUACAUGAGCUGCCGGCUAGGCGCCUUCGUGGCGCCGUUCGUCAACUUGAUCCCGUCUCCGCCGCUAAGGAGCGCUGCGUAUGCCGUCUCGGCUGCCAUAUUGCUGGUGCUGAGCGCAGUGGCAUUCGCGCUACCGGAGACGAGGCAGCUGCCACCUUCCAACACAAUGCCGGGCAUGCUGGCCAUGGAGGAGAAAUGGCUGCUCGGCUCUCCACUGCGAGUGGCCCGAGGCGGCGGCUAG